UGUUUAUAUCAGAAAAUGCCUUUUCUCGCAUAAAACUAGAGUUUAUUUAGUGUUUAAAUAUUUAUUCGAGUCAAUUUAUUCUGACGAUUUUUUUAGGGGUUGCUUUGGGCAACGCCCAAAUCAACCCACCAAUAAAAUACAUAUUGCUUGACUCGUUAAAGUUUGAAUAAACUGGACGUGUUACAUGUUUUUGCAUCAAUUUUGUCGUCAUGUCCUUUGUUAUUCAAGAAUCGAUGAUGAUUAAGGCUUCUUAGAAAGGAAAUAUUUAUUUUUCGUUGUUCAAUUGGUCAUUGCAGUUAAACAGAAAAACAUAAUGUACCUGAAGAGCUUAACAAGUUAAGUUCAAGAAGUUUUUUGCUGGUGUUGUCUCUCUUUUCCAGCUCUGUUCCUUCAAAACAGAGUUUUUAAGCAUUAGCCAUAUAGGAUUGAGUAGUAGCAACAUGAUACAGAAGGUGAUUCUUCAUGUCGCGAUUUUCAUUGUUGUUCUUCUGCCAGUAGCUACAGCAACUCAGUUGCACACGAAAAAGACUAUUCACGAAUGCAGUGACCACAAAGUCCUUGAGCCAAGUCCAAAGUUGUCAUUUCAAAUUGUUCUACAUGGAAUUCUCCUCUGGACUUCCAUGGGGUUCUUGAUGCCUAUCGCGAUUCUUGUAAUAAGAAUGUCGAAUAAAGAGCAAAAUGGAAGAAGGCUAAAGAUGAUUGUGUACACUCAUGCUUUUUUACAGAUACUAUCUGUUCUCCUCGUAGCAGUAGCAACAAUUAUGUCAGUAAUAAACUUUGAGAAUUUUUUCGACAAUACUCACCAGAGACUUGGCUUAGCUCUAUAUGUUGCCAUAUGGCUGCCAUUCAUCGCUGGGAUUUUUCGACCUGACAGGGGAAGCAAAAAUAGGGGUGUAUGGUAUGCAUUUCACUGGCUUAUUGGAGUCACAGUUACUUUACUGGGAAUCGUCAACCUAUAUAUAGGUUUACAAGCAUAUAACACGAAAACAAUGAAAAACACAAGUGUUUGGAACUGGCUUUUCAGUAUUGAGGUUGGUGUUAUCGCGUUCAUCUAUCUGUUCCAAGAAAAAUGGCAAUAUAUAAAGCAAUCAGGAGGGAUUUUAAGCAAUGAAUCAGUACGACCAACGGAUCAAGAAGCAUCUCCAACUCAGAAAAAAGAAAUAUCACCCAUGGCAUAAUCAGAGUCAUGUUAAGACUUCAGACAAACAAAUAAUUUUGCCUUUAACUAACAUAAAUUUUCUUCUUUUUUUUACAGCUAACAUUAGAUUCUUUCCAAUUUUAUUACAAUUUCACAAAACAGAUAUUUAAGAGUUUUGUGUAGUACUAUCAGUGUAGAGCAUCAUACGAAGUCUAUUAAACGAAAGAUAUUGUGUCCA